AUGAUCAAAUUAUUUUAUUUUAAAAAUUUGAAAAUUUAUAAUACUAUUCAAGAAGUAAUUAAGAAUUGGAAGUUUGAUAAAAAACUUAUUGCAAUUUUAACUGAUAAUAAUUUAAUAACUCUGGCUAUUAAAAUUUUAAUUCAAAAUUUAAAAAAUAUUACUUCUAAUAAUGAUGAUAAUAUUGUACAAACUAUGCAAAAAUUAUUUCUUAAAAAUUUUGAAGAAUAUUGA